AUGGCUUCAACGCAGUGGAGAGACUCAAAACUUCAUGGUUGUGAAGAAGCUGAUAGAAAAUCUACCCAAAAGACCAGCAGAGAUUUGCUAUCAUCCAUACCAAAACAAAAGGCAUGGAUGCGUUCAGAUCAUAUCUAUCAAUACCAGAACUUCUGGUACGGUGCUGCAGAGCUACAAGGUGUCAUAAGUAUGCAAAGAAACUUCAAAGCUCUCGAUACGGAUCUCAUCGUUGCGACGUAUCCUAAAUGUGGCACAACUUGGUUGAAAGCCCUGUCUUUCGCGAUCAUUAACAGGUAUCAUUUCAAUACGGCAACCUCGAAACAACACCACCCUCUUCUCACAAACAAUCCACAUUUACUUCUUCCUUUUCUGGAUCAUGUUUACUCAGCUGACCGGAACCCGGAUUUAACGUGUUUCUCUGUUAACAACCGGCUUUUGGCAACUCAUUUUCCUCUUGCACCUUUGCUUGAGUCCAUCAAGGACUCGAACUGUAAGUUAAUUUACAUAUGUAGAGAUCCAAAGGAUACUUUUGUUUCGUUCUGGCAUUUCAUCGCCAAGAUUAGAACCAAGAAUCUGGAAAAUAUUUCACUAGAAGAAUUUUGCAAGCAGUUUUGUGAUGGUGUUGUUGAAUACGGAUCCUUUUGGGAUCAUGCUGUAGGGUAUUGGAAAAUGAGCUUGCAGUUUCCUGAAAGAGUUUUGUUCUUAAAAUAUGAGGAAUUGAAGAAGGAACCUAACCUUCAUGUGAUCAAGUUAGCUGAGUUCUUGGGUUACCCGUUUUCGGCCGAGGAAGAAAGUGGGGGAGUAGUUGAGGAAUUAUUGGAGCUGUGUAGUUUCGAUCAUUUGAGCAAUUUAGAAGUGAAUAAGAAUGGGAAAUUGCCAUCGCUAGAGAUUGGAUGUAAUACAUUUUUCCGGCGAGGAGAAGUCGGAGACCAUGUCAAUUACUUGACACCGGCAAUGAUAGAGCGAUUAGAUAAGAUCACUGAAGAGAAGUUUCUUGGUUAUGGUCUGAAGCUCGGAUAA